GAAGAAAUCGCCUCUCGCAGGCAGCUCGAGCCGGCAGCUAGUGCAGCAGCUGCGAGCAGUUCAGCUCCUCCUCCAGAUCGUGCACCGUUGCCCACCGCGGAAUGGUGGGAGACUGAAGAUUUGACUAGCCUUUCGCUGGGGCAGCUUAAGGGAUUGAAGGAAAUCACUGAGAGCAUGAUUGAAAAGUGGGUGGCUCGAAGGGACAAGGUCCAAACGAUUGUCCAGAAUUUGGAACAGCAAGAGUGAAUAUGAUGCAAUGUUGUACUGUUUUCCGUUGUUUGGUGGGGGGUUGUACUGUUUUCCACGAAUUUGAUGCCAUGUUGGAAUGGCUUAGGAUAUUAGUCGGAUUUUAGUUUGUUGUUCUGGAAUAUUUG